GAACAGAAUAAAAAAAGGGCGAGGAUAAAGAGAGGGACGAUGGCCGGAACUCGAAGGUGGUCGUGCCGACCGGUAAUGCUCUGCUGGCUUUUGAUGGUGGCUGCCGUACAUCUCAUUUCCGCUAUGGAACAAUUAAACGCAGAUCACAUCAAGAGCUUCACAUGCGGCAAACUCUACUACCGCACGUCAUACCUGGACGCGAAACGAGAUGUUCUCUACGUCGGCGCCAUGGAUCGCGUCAUCCGCAUCAAUCUACACAACGUCAGCGACACCAACUGCGAGACGGAUUCGUUAACCUUGGACCCCUCGCACGUAACCAACUGCAUCUCAAAGGGCAAGAGUGAGUUUUACGAUUGUCGCAAUCACGUCCGCGUCAUCCAGCCCAUGGGCGACGGAUCCCGGCUCUACGUCUGCGGUACCAACGCUCACAAUCCAAAGGACUGGGUCAUCAAUGCCAACUUGACUCAUCUGGGUCGCAAUGAGUACGUCCCCGGUGUCGGCAUGGGCAUCGCCAAGUGUCCGUUUGACCCCAGCGACAACUCGACGGCCGUCUGGGUCGAGAGAGGCAAUCCGGGCGAUUUGCCCGCUCUCUAUUCCGGCACCAACGCCGAAUUCACCAAGGCCGACGCCGUCAUCUUCCGCACCGAUUUGUACAAUUACACGACGGGCCGUCGCGAAUUCACCUUCAAACGGACGCUGAAAUACGAUUCAAAGUGGCUCGACAAGCCCAACUUUGUGGGAUCGUACGACAUCGGAGACUACGUCUACUUCUUCUUCCGCGAAACGGCCGUCGAGUACAUCAAUUGCGGCAAGAACGUCUACUCGCGCGUCGCCCGCGUCUGCAAGAAGGACAACGGCGGCAAGAACAUUCUGUCGCAAAACUGGGCCACCUUCCUCAAAGCCCGUCUCAAUUGCUCCAUCCCGGGAGAAUUCCCCUUCUACUUCAACGAAAUCCAGAGCGUUUACAAGGUGCCCGGCGACGACACGCGUUUUUACGCCGUCUUCACGACAUGCCAGAACGGACUGACUGGUUCGGCCAUUUGUGUUUUCACCACGGCCGACGUCCACACGGCCUUUUUGGGCAAGUUCAAAGAGCAGGCAUCUUCCAGCUCGGCCUGGUUGCCCGUCCUUUCAUCUAAAGUGCCAGAGCCGAGACCGGGCCAGUGCGUCAACGACACUCAAACUCUACCAGAUACCGUGUUGAAUUUCAUCCGUAACCAUCCGCUGAUGGACGAGGCCGUUUCGCACGAAAGCGGAGUGCCCGUCUUCUACAAGGGCGAUGUGGCGUUCUCAUCUCUGGUGGUGGAGCGGCUCAAAAUUCAGGGAUUCCCCGACGACAAACACUACACCGUCUAUUAUGCUGGAACAAUCGAUGGCAAAGUGUACAAAGUCGUUCAAUGGUUCGACAAAUCCACUCGACAGGGCAAAUCUGAGCUGCUGGAUAUCUUUGAAGUCACAUCACCCGAACCCAUCCGCAUGAUGGAAAUUUCACCAAAACACAAAUCGAUUUACGCCACUUCGGACCAUCGAAUUCGCCAAGUCAACGUGGUCAUGUGUAACGGACGUUACGACAAUUGCCUGCGAUGCGUCCGUGAUCCUUACUGCGGCUGGGAUAAAGAGUCCAACUCUUGUAAACCCUACGCUCCUGGUUUGCUGCAAGACGUCUCGAGUUCCUCGCCCGGUAUUUGCGACGCUUGUAUCGCCAAGAAGCGACUGUUAGUGACUUGGGGCCAGGCCGUUCAUUUGUCUUGCGCUAUCAAAUUACCCGAGCCCAUGUCUUCGAUGCCAGUCACUUGGUAUUAUUACAGCCGCGAGAAGGGCCAAUACCAACUGUCGUUCAGGCCCGACAAGUACAUUCAGACGGCCGAACAAGGCAUGGUGAUUAUGGGCGUGACAGAACAGGAGGCCGGUCGCUAUGACUGCCGUCUCGGACCGGACACGUUAUGCAGCUACAACAUUACGGUCGAUACGCAGCGCUGCGCGGCGCCUAGCAAAUCGCACGACUACCAGAAAGUCUACUCUGACUGGUGUCACGAAUUUGAGAAAUACAAAAUGGCCAUGAAGACGUGGGAGAGAAGGCAGCUGCAAUGUAACAGUCGGCAAACGAACGAUACCGCCAGCAGCAAUCAGAAUGCUCAUCCCAACGAGAUCUAUCCACGGAGUCCUUUGGUCUGAACAAGUUCCAAUGAAAGAAGAGAAAAAAAAAAAGAGAAGGAUCUGAAUUGGGAAUUGAUGUGAAUCUUUAAAAAAAAAAAAAAAGGCGCGCGCGUCCGGUUGACGUGCACAAGUUGGCUCAAUGGCUUCCUCUUCAACACACAGCAAAAAAAAAAAAAAAAAAAAAAAAAAAUACAUCUAAUGAUGAUGUAUUGAAAACGAAACAAAAAUAUUGUGGGAACCACAUCGAGUGUUUCCUUUCUAUCUCUUUACGUCUCUUGUGUGUGUGAUUUUUAAAUGAAUGUUCUUUUUUUUCUAUCUCUUUUUAAAAAAUCUGAUUAUCACUCAUCCUAUUUAGAAUUCUCUCCCCCUUUUUUUUUGAUUUCUCACUAUUUCACAGAUGGACAAAACAAUCGAAAGAAAUGCUAAUGUUUCUUGACUCACUGUUUACUGAAUCUCUUCUUAGUUUUGAUUUUUUUUUGCCCCCCAUUUCUUUUUUUUUGAAGUAGGUCCCCUACUUGUUUCACAUUCUAGACAAUGAGGAGUAAGAAGAAGAAACAAUCCUCUAAAAAAAAAAAAAGACUAUCCAACCAAUCAUGUAAAUAUCAAUUGAAACGAAGAGACAUGGUGUGUAACGGUGGUAUCACAAAACGAACAUUUUGGAAAGCCGUUAGUUGAAAUCGUCGUCGUUAGACUCGUGCCAGAGUCGAACCAGUAUUCUUUAUUUGGCAUUUUUUGUGUGCGGAACAAACGGAAUUCGUGUUUUGGUCUUUACCCCAAAAAAAACAAAAAACAAUUUUUUUUUUUAAAUUGAAACAUCCGACCUUCUGCUCUCCUCCAUCGAUUCACUCGUGUCUCUUUCAAGUGGCCUCCUCCAAUCCUUUUGAAUCUCUCACCCCUUUCUAUGUGUGUGUGUACAUGUACAAUGAUUUUUUUUUUUUUUUUUUUCUUUGCCAAGAUGUUCCGACAUUCCACUUCUUGCCGUUUAAAUUCCUGCCCCUCCUCCAAACCCACCCCGUCAGCUUGUUUUAUUUCGAGAGGUCCUCUCGUUUGGCGUCUUCGAUCCUUCGGAAAAGACAAAAGCCCUGCUGAUUCUUUCAUAUCAUCUGCUACGCCAUUCUUUUCAGAUUUUUUUUCUUUUUCUUUUUCGUUUUGAUUCGCUUGAAUGUGAUUAUAAUUCAGCAUUUUGUACGUUUAUUUCCUCCUUUCCUACUGAAGGAUGUGUUACGUCUACUUUCACAAUUGUCUGGCUGCCCCACCCCCCAAACCUCACUUGCAUUACUGACCACAUCAAAUGCCUCUUUUUUUUUUUUCUCCCUUUUGAUUUUAUUUAGCUGUCGAUCAAAUAAUAUUAUCACAUCUGCCCUCCCCUCCAUUUUGGUUUGAAAAUGUGUGACGAAAUGAUAUGCUUUUCCGUUUCUUUUCUCAUCACUUUUUUUCUCUGUUUUAAUUUAAGAAUUUUUUUUUUUUUCUUUGACUUGCGUGUUUUUGUUUGGAAGGGAAUGUGUUUUUCCUACUGAAUAAUUUCACUCCCUACGAAACUGAUUUUGGAGAGGAAAAACAAAACAAAUGUGCUCGUGGAAAAAAAAAAGAAAUGAUCUAUUUUAUUUUGAUCUUAUCAUCCAAUCGCCCCUCUCAUGUUCUUGUGCAGCUACUUUCCAAUACAAAACGAUCGAAAGAGUA